AUGCCGACUACGCUCCCAGCACCGUCGAAACCGUUAAUUGAUAGACUUGACUUUAGUUCCCGUGUCUAUCUGCCUGACGAGGACUCAUUUGAAGUUUUCAAUCGUGAUAGCGCCGAAGUUCUUGAUUGGAUUCGAAGUAACUUGCCGAGAUUUUGUGGCCUACAACGCCUUGCGCAGUUAACUCUUUGUCGAGGGCAGCAACAGGCCGCUCCCAUCUUUAUCGAUGCACGCAAAAGCGAAGUGGUACUGCUUGAAGAGGCACCGACAGAUGCCGAGCCUGACAUAAAAUCAAAUAUUGCGCCAGGAUAUGUGCUGGAUGCCAUUACAGGUCGCUUGCUGACGCAGAAUAUGUUUACCAAGCAUUCAGUUCCCCCGUGUCCUGGUGCUUUUGCGUCAUGUUUUGCUCCUCUAGGUCUCCCAGGUCCUAUGACCCCCGCGAGUGAGUUGGACCACAACGCAUUGCCCAAGCCCACAGAAGACCCUGAGCAGAUCAAGCGCGAUAUGAAGACAUGGGGAUAUGGGUUACUGGCAAACGCCAUUACACCUGAGCAAGUUGAGAUUCUCAGAACUGCAGUCCUAGAACAAGGAGCUGGUGAGCGGAAGAAUGGAGUUGCGCACAUGCAAGGUCCAAAUCAACGAAUAUGGAACCUUCCUAACAAGGGUGACGAGUUUCUCGACAUGCUCAAUCACCCCUUGCUUGAAACCUUUGUGCCAUGGUUCUUAGGCGAGGGUUUCUUGAUCUAUAAUAUGUCAGCGAACGUUGCUCUCCGAGGAGAAGAUGGCAUUCAUAUGCACAGGGACCAGUCGUCAAUGCCACCAGAUCAAAUUAACCACGCGUACAUGAUGAACGCCAUAUGGUAUUUGACCGACUUGACACCCGAAAAGGGUGCGACUCUUGUGUACCCCGGGUCUCAUGUGAAGAAUGUGGCACCUCUAGGGCAUAUGAGUGAUGUUGGAGGCUCAAUUCCGGCCUGCGCUCCCGCUGGAACAAUCCUGCUUUUAGACAGUCGCGCAUGGCACUCCACGGGCCAAAACCAAACAGACGAACCGCGACCGCUCGUUGUUUUGACUUUCGUCCGCUACUUUGUGCAGAAAAUGGAAAACUAUCCGCUGCUACUCAGUGAGAGGGUAAAGUCAAGGUUAUCCGACCGCCACAAAGCCCUCCUGGGAUUUCCGGUACCUGGGGCGCACGGUUCGGGUUAUAAUGCUUACAAGAGAUUGGGAGAGGAAGCAGGGGAGAUGCGCGCUCCAGUAGAUGGAACAAACCUCGCACAAGUAAACUAG